AUGAAGUAUCCUGGUGGAUGUUACUGCGGACAAAUCCGCUACAAAGUGGACUUGCAAUCCCUAGACGAAGCUCGCACGUCCAUAUGUCACUGCAAGAGCUGCAAGAGAUACUUCGGCACAGGCUUCGGCUUGACGACAAAGAUACCGAAGGGCACGCUUAGGCUUACAGAGGGCACGCCCAAAGAGCAUGUCAGCAACAAUGGCUCCACAAACCUCCGUCGUGAGUUCUGUGGCAUGUGCGGAACAGGCAUCCUGGAAUACGGCGAGGAGGCGGCCCCGAAGUUCCGAUACGUCAUGACCGGCACGUUCGACCAGCCUGGGGCAUUUCCGCCAAAGGGCGAGUUCUUCUGCAGAGAUAGAGAGAAGUGGAUGCCUGAGAUUUCGAAUAUUUUCCACAAGCAGGAGAUCAAAGAGUAG